AUGGCGGGAUUGAAUGGCUCUUUCGCUGACCUUAUAAAAGACAUCGCCUGUCUGCUGGCUACAGGCUAUAAUUACGAUGUGAUUGUGAGAUGUGGUCGUGCUCCCGGCAAAAUAGCAGAUUUUGAAGCACAUUCAGCUAUAUUGGGAGUUCGUUCCUCUUAUUUCCGUACGGCUUUCUCGUUGAACUAUGCAUCGAAGAAGAACGGGGUGUUCUUUCUUCGCAAAGAGAAUAUUGAACCCAAUAUUUUUGCGGCGUUAAUGAAAUACUUGUACACCUCGAUGGUAAAACUCGACGUAUUCUCCCUCCCCGAACUCAUAAAAUUCUUAGUCGCCUGUGAUGAAUUAGAUCUUUCCUCGGUCAUUGAUCAAAUUCAGUCAUACGCAAUCGAAAAUCACUCGAAAUGGCUCCAGCAAAACCCUCUCGACUACCUCGUCAAACUCGAACGUUGCACAAAAUGCACCACUCUGAAAACAUAUCUUAUUAAUCAACUUGAUCAAACGUUAUUCAGUUCCUCGGACUUCAUUUUAUUAAGUAAGGAAACAUUGAAGGAAUUGCUUCAGAAGCAACACGAAGGAAUAGGGGAAAUUGAAAUUUGGAAUAGAUUGUUGGAAUGGAGCGUCAAUCAGGCCAAUUCCUUUUCAUUCGACCCUUCCCUGCUAUCCUCCUUGUCUCCUGAUGCAUGUUCUUUGUACUCGUUGUAUUAUGAUUCCAGGAAGCGUAGGGAGUUAACGCUGGACGAAUUUGAAAGGUGGAGUGAGCAAGACUGUGAGCUAGUGAAACAUCACAUUUCUGGAAUAAUUAGUUUUAUCCGAUGGCAAGAAAUCUCGUUUAAAGAUUUUGAGACGCGUAUCUCGCCAUAUAAAAAACUUAUUCCAUCAUCACUAUAUGCGGAACUUCUAUCCGUUUACAUCCCUCCAUCUAGCCCUGAAUCAGAAUCUCCAUCCGAUUCUGCAUUCCAAACUUCUGAACAACAUCCCUUCAUUACCACUCUCAGUUCAAAUUUAAUAGUUCCUCCCAAUUUUCCUAUCCGUCAAUAUUUUGACACAACCCUUCUCACGGUUUCACACUUUAAUACAAUCUCUGCGUGGAUCGCCAGAAAAGACUCGGAUUAUUACACAAAACGACUGUUACCUUAUAAAUUUAAUUUAUUGUAUAGAGCGAGCAAGGAUGGGUUUGAUCCCAAAAUGUUUCAUGAACGAUGUGACAACCGAGGGCCUACAGUGAUGGUGACCAAGUUGUAUUUAGGAGGAAAGAUUAUCGGUGGGUAUAAUCCCUUGGAUUGGAAACCCCGAGAACAGCAGGUAGUAGAGAAUGAUGUGGGGCCAGAAACAUCUGAAUUUGAAAUUGCCACAAACAUCACCUCGCCUAUUACUACAUCAAAAAGAUACUCAUGGAUGGCAACCUAUGAUUCAUUUUUGUUCUCUUUCCAGCACUUAAUGCCAAACACCGGUAUCAUCUCGCGCGUGACGAAACCCUUAUAUCACAAAGCCGUGUGUUAUGACCCCCAAAGUGGACCGGGAUUUGGGGCAGGAUUGGACAUAGUAGUAUCUAAUAGGUACAAGACUAUAAGUACCUGGGGAUACUCGACAUAUCCAGAGGCUCAAUGGUUUCUGUCCGAACAGCAUAUGGAGGUGGAAGAUUAUGAGGUGUUUUCAGUAGAAAGGGACGAGAGCGUUGAGCUUUAUGAUGAGAAAGAAAAUGAGGAAUGUGAAACUUCGUUGAAAAUGGAGGAAAUCUUUGGGCUUUGUGGUGUCACGAGAAAGGAAGAAGGCUUUGGGCUUUGCGGUGUGAAACAGGUGACGAGUGUUGAGAAAAUAGAGGUAAAACAAGAAAGUCAGGACGAGGAUGGUAAGAUGGGAGGGGAAAUAAUGGAUGAAAAAGAUGCGGAUGGUGAUUUGAGAAAAGAAGUGGAUGAGAAUGUAAAAGGAACAGAGGAAGAAAGAAAAGAAUUGGAUGAUAAUGCAAGGGAAAAAGAGGAAGGAAGAAAAGAAGUGGAUGAGUAUGUCAGGGAAAAAGAGGAAGGAAGAAAAGAAGUGGAUGAGUAUGUAAAGGAAAAAGAGCAAGGAAGAAAAGAAGUGGAUAAGUAA